CUUGCCUUGCAGUGUAACCAGCUCUUUGAAUCACUCCAGGAUCUGGUGGACCAUGUGAAUGACUUCCAUGUAAAACCAGAGAAGGAAACUGGUUACUGCUGCCACUGGGAAGGCUGUGCUCGGAGAGGAAAGGGAUUUAAUGCCAGGUACAAAAUGUUGAUUCACAUCCGAACCCACACCAACGAGAAGCCCCAUCGCUGCCCGACUUGUAACAAGAGCUUCUCUCGCUUAGAGAACCUGAAAAUACAUAACCGAUCACACACAGGUGAGAAGCCCUACAUCUGUCCAUACGAAGGCUGCAAUAAACGAUACUCCAACUCCAGUGACCGAUUCAAACAUACCCGGACACAUUACGUGGACAAGCCAUAUUACUGCAAAAUGCCUGGCUGCCAUAAGAGGUACACAGAUCCCAGCUCCCUCCGCAAGCACAUCAAAGCUCAUGGCCACUUUGUCUCCCCAGAACAACAAGGAAUGCUGAAAAUUCGACCGUCAACCAAGAAUCCAGUAGCAUCAGAAAUGCCUUACUUGAAUGGGACACAGAUUAUAAUUCCCAAUCCAGCAGCCAUCUUUGGAAAUCAUCCCCUCCAGGCAUUGGGAGCCUCAUUGCCGAUUCCAAUGCACCCUACACCUCUGGACCUCAGCCCCUUGACAUGCAGCACUGUUGGAUCUGCUUCAAUCACAGCCAUUCCUAGUUCGAUCAUUUCUCUCAAUAGCACUCCAAUAAAUUUAACCAAGACAUCUUUAAUGGCAUCGCCAUUUUCUGCAAGUACCCUUGGACUUCCAUUGAUGUCUCUGGUGGCCGGGUCUCAUAGCAACCUUGAAAGGCUAUCAACAUCGAAAGGGAAAGCAGUGGUUUGCAGGAAACGGGAUGGGACAGUGAAGAAUCGUCCUUCAGAGAAACAGUUACAGGAGAGGGUUGAGGCUCGACUAAGGCCUACAACAGAAAGCCUCUCAAUGCUCCCGGGAGCUGUGAUAGACUUGUCAAGCAGCAUUAACACCAUUCCUGCUGCUGACUCUCUGCCUCCUGGCUGGGUGGUCAUUCCUCCGGGAUCAGUAUUGCUCAAACCAGCUGUUGUAAACUGAAUUCAGUCGAGCCAGUUACUGCUGUGGUGUUCACACAAUGAUUCAACCAAACCUUGGUUUGCCAUGUCUGAACUGAGAUUAAACAAAAGACAGAAAGAUAUUUUACCAAACUUGCACUCUCUUGGUGGACACAUUGACCAGUUUUAUUUUUGUCUUCAAACUAAAAGUAGAUGAUGGUGAUCGACAUGUUGAAAUCUCAAGGUAGCACCUGCUGGUUUCACUCCAGGGAAAGAUGCUUAGUGUGUCAUUGCCCAGUCCUUCCCAAUGAAAGUCUUCAUGAAAUGAAAACUCGAAGCUGACACAAGUCUGAAAAGUAAUCAGAUUAUGUGUUGUCAAAGCGGUGACACUGAUUAUAAAUGGGGGCACUUCCCAGCUUCUCUGGGAGCUUAGAAAUGUUGUCUUGUGUUACUUUAAGCAUGAAGGGUCUUUUUUUUUUGGAUAUGUACCAGAUCAUUGAGAUAGAUCAAUCAGAAAAUUUAAUAAUGCUGAGAGCAAAAUAAGAACUCUGUCAACAGUUAUAGCUUAAAACUGUACUCAUGCAGUUUUGACAAUUUCAGAUCAAUUUCAGUGAUGAGAAUGAAUGGAUUUGGCACCUGAACAGCCAUUAGGAUCCAGGGGGUGGGGGGUGUGGGCCAAUAGUGGACAUGGCACUAUUGAUCAGAACUCAUGAUCCAGCCAAUCAACUUGUUCCACAGGGAAGUAUUUUGCAUUGUACUCAACCUAGUUAUAGAGUCACACAGCACGAAACAGACUGUUCAGUCUAACCAGUCCAUGUUGAACAUAAUCUUAAACCAAACUAGUCCCACCUGCCUGCUCCU